AUGUCAAAGUCGAGGGCGGCCCCAGAGGAGUCAAAAGUCACCGCAACGGCGUCAGCAGCGGCCAGACAGCGAGGGCGGCAGCCGAGGAGCACCGCGACAGAGAGCAGCAGACAGCGAGCAGUUGAGCAGGACGCAGACGGAGCAGACGAAGGCAGAGGCCGUGAGAGAGAGCCAAAGGAGCAAGAGAGCAAAAGAGCGAGCGAGAGACGGGACGACGAGGAAGAACAAGACGGACGUUGA